UCAUGAACAGAUUGAUGUUAGACCUUCAUUGAAAACCUAGAAGUACUGGACGACCGUUUGGUCCUAUUGUGGGACUCCUCAACAGUGCUCAUCCACAAUCCCGCUCGCGUGAUUCAAACCCAGGGCCUUCAGUCUCGCGAACGCUUAACCUACUGAACCGCUGAGCUGGCUUCCAAUGGCGUUAGUGUCUAGCAUCAACCAAAUCCAUUAAAUUGCGCGACCACCUUCCAUUGUACUGAGGUAGAUACCUGUCUCUACCCAACAUGGAUUAACUCUAGUGGUCACGGCUCCAAGAAUCGCCUCACUAACGUAGUCACGAGUGAGCACAUUAUAAUUAUCAUUAAUAGGACUGCUGAGGAGCCCCACAAUAGGACGAAACAGCCGUCCAAUGCUUCCAGGUUUCCAACGGUGGUCUAACAUCAAUCGGUCCAUGACCUCAAUCAAAUACUUGAUAAUCUCCACAACCCCUAUACUGGUUUUUUAGGUUUACUUAAAUGUUGAAUUGAUUUAUGGGUACUUGGCAUUCUAUCCCAACUGAUUUAUCCUAAUAAUUUUUAUUUGAGACAAUGAUUUUUAAUUAGUCUAAUAUUUUACUUUUUAAUGGCUAUAAUGUAUAUACUUGAAAAAGAAUUCGACAGUAUUGAUAAAAAUUCUGAUGGAUUUCUAAGUAGAGCUGAAAUUAUUAGCUGUUUGGAAAGUUUUGGUUUUCCUAAAAGUAAAGCUGAAGAAGUUAUCAAACUGUAUGAUGAAAAUAAAGAUGGGAAAAUAUCUAAAAAUGAAUUCAUGAAAGCUACAAAUAAGAAACUUUCACAAUCUGAUGUAUCAUGUGCUGCAUUAAGGAAAAUAUUUCGUGAAAUGGAUCGAAAUAAAGAUGGAACUAUUUCAAAAGAAGAAAUAAAAAAUUACAUGAAAAAUGAUUGUAAUUUUAUAUUCCCUAUACAAGUUGAACAAUGGGUUGAUAAAUAUGAUAAAAAUAAAGAUGAAAGAUUAAAUUAUGAAGAAUUUAUUGGAUUUGUUUCAGAAUAUUUGUAAAUUUAACUUCCUUUUUGGCAUAAUAAUUAUUAUCAUUGUACUAAAUUUCAUAUUCAAUAAGUAUAUUUUAGUGAAUGACAAUAGAAACUACAUUUCUAGUACUUUUUUUAUUUAUUUGAAUGAAUUUUCAAAUUUAGUAUUGUUUCAAUACACUUUUAUGAAUAACUG